AUGCAACAUCUGCCAGCUCUGAAGCCACCCAGAACUGAAAUUAUUACUGAGAGAUAUGACCCUUUGAGAUACGACCGUUUGCAAUGCCCGUUUUGCCUCUCAGACACACGUCUACCUCUGCCUGACCGGGAAAAGCGGAAGAGCAAGAUCAAUAAGCUAUGGGAUCACGUAGAGAACAUUCACCAGCAGGAACUUGCGGCGUUUGACACUGGCAAUCGCCGUUGUGGGAUAUGUGGCAUACGGAACAUUGAUUUUAUACCUUCCAAUGUGUCGUGUUUCAAAAAUCAUACCCAGACAGUCCAUGGGAUCAGGCUACGUCCGUGA